CACAUGGAAAUAAAACCCAGGUUCACCGAAGGAACUCAGCUUACCCCAGACAAACUCUCUCCAUGAUUCGCCACACGGGUCACUGAAUCUGUGGCAAAGAUGAUUGCACAUACAUUAUAACUUAUUGGUAAAAUAUCGGACCAUUAUCAAUUACUAUCAUUUUACUGAAUGCUUAAAUCGCCAUUAGCUCUUUCAGUUAAAUUGCAGGACACCAAGUGGGGUAUAAUUGUUCUGACCUUCAUGUUUGAAUAAAAGCAAGAUCGUUUGACUGGCUACUCGACUUAUGUGAAAUCUGAAAGAAUCGAAGCUGGAUUCAUCGUAGCUGAAGUUAAGAUGAUGCUGUUUACUGUUGCUCUCUGGUCUCUGUUGGUCGUAUGUACCGCCGCACCAUCCAAGUCGCUUGGACACCCACGAACGCGACGUCAGAUUUGGUCGGACUGCGUUGUAAACGGAGUCACCUACAGACACGGAGAGUAUUUCACCCUGACCAACACCCCGUGUCUCCGCUACAGAUGCAAUCAAGGAGGUUAUCGGGUGGAAAUUUGGCAGUGUGAACAUGAAAAUAAAUGUCACGCCCUCAAUUCAGAAAUUCGCUUGGGCUGCGACAUACAUCGAUGUGAGAACAGAGGAGACUGGGUUGGAUUCGUGUCCGCAAGACACGAGUGCCGGGACGAAAGAGGUCAAUGCCAUCCAAUAAAUUCACAAAGACGGGUUGGAUGUUCCGAACAACGAUGCGAGCAACGCGGAAAUAUGAUAGGUUUCUUCUCUGUAAACCAAGGUCCACAAAUGUGUCAAGACGCCAAUGGAGCAUGUCAUUCGCCAGGGCCAGCUACUUUCCCCUAUCGUUUUCACGAUGGGCGUUACUACAACUCCUGCAGGUGUGUGACUAUGGGAUCGCAUCUGUCCGUGCGCUGUGUUGACACGUGGCCUGGCAAAUAAAAAAAUCCUUUUAUUCAGUAAUCUUGUGACAAUAAACCUCAUGUGUCACCUUU